GGCAUAGAGGAACAAGUACUACUCCUACCAUAUGCUCCGCCGCACGCACCUCCAUUACCCGCCACCCACACCUACGUCUUUUCUCGAGCUCCUCCACCAAGUGAAUCCACCUCGCUCAACACCCUCAAUCAGCAAGUCGAGGAGUCGCGACUUGCCGAGUCCUCCUUACGCAAGCUCAUCAAGUCCCUCGAAAGCGACAGCACUACAUUACCGACUUUAACGCGCGGUGGACAACCUAAUGGGACGCCGAACGGAGGGAGCAGGUCGGGGAGCGAGGGACUUAUGCCGCCUCCUCUGGGCCUUCCCCCGCUGAGUGUGGCAGAUAUGGCUCCUGUGGUUAAUUGGGAGAGGGGAAGGAUGCAAGGGAGGCGGUGGAAUGUGAAGGGGUAGGACGGGAUAGUUGGACGAGUGGAGGGAGAGUCGAAGAACGAAGGAGUUGUCGGCAUGAGUCAAUGUGCCGGAGCUGUGGAUGCUGGCCGGCUGGAUGAAGAACUCUGUCUAUUUCUCCGUCCGACCGCUCUCAAGCCCGCCUACCAACCGGUCGGACCUCGGUAGAGGGGCGUUGUAAAGAUGUUCCUGCGGGACAUGAGACGAUCACCACUGGCGACCUAUUCUCUGGACGAAUGUUCACGAGAUUGUCGACGUCAUCUCCUUCGAAUUGCUCGGCCGCGGAUCCCUACCUUCUCUGUACAACGCGGCUGAAGGCAAGCAAUCGUAAUGCAUUGCGUCCGUUUACCUGCGAGCGAAAUCCGUCGCACACCAUGUCUGCAUGAAGUGCGUCUGUUCCACCUGAAUAUUCCGGCUCGGAGCCGAGCAGCAGUUGGCGUCUCUUUCCCGACCGCAAUAAGCUGUCUCAUCGUGUUCUUUUUGGUUCGCGAGGGUGGUAUAUUAAUAGAUGGUGCGCAUGUGAUCUACUGCGCUCUUCAACAUUAUUAUUUCCGGAACUUCCAAUUGCCUUUCGCGUCCGCUGGCAACGGAACAUCUCUCUCCCCAGGCGGGAUAUGGUAUGAAGACGACACGAACCAGACCAUGGCAUCCCAUUCACUGUCGAUGUUUGUGUAUUUGGAAUAUUUGGCGCUAAAAGGAGCAUCUUCGGAUCUAGAUCGAAGGAAAUACUCUGGCCACCCCAUUUUUGCAUCUCGUUCAGGCUGACAGGAACCGCCGGCUUGUUCCUGUCCUGGCCCGUGUAUAAAUUCGACGGCUCGCGCAAAGUCAGAACGCAUACAUCAAGCCCGUUCUUCAGCAAGAUGUUCGUGACUGUUGCUGCUACUCUUGGACUCGCUGCCUCCGUCCUUGCCACUCCUCCCCGUCUGGGUGGUGUGAACACCGCCCGUUACGACUUCAGUGUCAGCACUGAUGGUUAUGAUACCCUUCCCUACACCCAACCCCCUCUGUACCAGUACAGGCACUUCUCGGCUGAGGGCGCCAACCUCUAUCGCAUCCCCUUUGCCUGGAAGCUGGCUACUCCCACUCUUGGUGAUGCGCUGAACACCACUUUCUUUGCACAGUACGACCAGAACGUGCAGGCCGCUCUUGCGACUAACGCGUAUGUCAUUGUCGACGUGCACAACUACGCGCGUUGGAAUGGCGAGAUCAUCAACCAGGGUGGUCCUACCAUCGAACGAUUCGCGAGCUUGUGGUCGCAAAUCGCCGCGUACUACCAGAGCGAGCAACGUGUCAUCUUUGGCAUUAUGAAUGAGCCCCAUGAUCUCCCGGACGACACCCUCUGGCCUCCUGCGGUCCAGGGUGCCAUCAAUGCCAUCCGUGCGGCUGGCGCUACCACCCAGUACAUCCUGAUGCCAGGAUCUAACUGGACGUCGGCCGCUGACAUGCCCACCGUCAUGGGUCCUCUUCUGUUGAACAUCACCGACCCAGCAACCCCUGGUUCUACUGAGUACCUUCUCUUCGACGUCCACCGGUACCUCGACUAUGACAACUCCGGCACUCACAGCGCCUGCGUUACCAACAACACCGAGAUCCUCCAGAACCUUGUUACCUGGCUCAAGGCUAACGGUGGUCGCCAGGCCAUCCUUUCGGAGACUGGUGGCGGACGUAACGAUUCCAGCUGCUACACGAUGCUUGGUGAAGAGCUUGCAUUCAUCAAGGCUAACUACCCUUAUACCGUCGGUUUCUCCGCUUGGGCUGCUGGUGCCUUCGAUGACACCUACGUCCUUUCCUUGACUCCUACCAACGAGACCGUCGAUGCUCCCCUCUGGGACUACACCAUCCUGCCCAACCUCCCAGCGGCCACAUAUACCGCGUAA